AUGUGUACCCAGAGAAUUGUCAAAGCCUUUGUCAAAAGUAGCGCGGAUCAAGACACUAUAGAUAUGGUGGAGAUGCAGUACUUCUGGAUCAACGACCUUAUGGCUAGCGUUCCACCAUAUGCGUUGUUCUUCUUCUCCACUGAUUUCCGAAGAGAAUUUGUGAAGACUCUUCGACGCAAAGGCCGGAUUCACACUGUCACGGUGGCUUCUGUUACGCAAAGUGCCGCUGUCAAUCGAAAUUCCCAGCCUAGUCCGAAUGUAGACAUAUUUCGAUUGCCAUAUAAGUAG